UAUCAUGAUCAUGCCUUCAGAGGAUUCCRCUGGACAUGACAAGAGUGUCAACAUUGGCAACGUUACGCAGCCGUUCGUAACAGAGKCAUACCGGUGCAUGGCACCCUAUGAGACCAAAGACACCAAGAACCGGCCGUUCAAAGUGGCCGUGGACGAAAACUUGGACGUGCUCAUCAAAGACAAAGCAGGCUGGUGGCUGGUGGAGAAUGAGRACAAGYGUAUGGCCUGGUUCCCUGCUCCAUACCUGGAGAAGGUAGAGGGGGAUGAGGAGGACGAGAGUGACGGGUCCUAUGGAGAAAGUGUGCUGUACAGUGCUGUCAGAAGCUACAAAGCCACAAAUGGAGACGAGGUGUCUGUGGACAUUGGCUCAGUGGUGGAAGUCCUGCAGAAGUCUGACAAUGGCUGGUGGCUGAUCAGAUACAAUGGCAAGACCGGCUACGUACCUGCCAUGUACCUGCAGCCCUACAACAACCCUCGUGUCCRCCUGGCGGCUCUCAACCWGGCCCAGCUGCAGGUCCACGGCUCCAGCUCUGACCACACGCUGGCCGGACACUCCCACGAGCGCAGUCGUUCCCAAGGCAACCUCCUGCAGCUGCCCGGCUCCAGUCCUUCCACACCAAAUCAGCUCAAGCCUACCGACAAGCUCAAGUCUCAUUCUUUUAAUGUUCUAUCUGUGCCGCCGCCUAGCCCUUCACCUGUGAUGGUCACCACCCCCGCCCUGGCAUACCCUAGCAAGGGCACUCCAACACCUACUGUCAUGGUGGAGGUGGACGGGGAGGUGGAUAGACACAAGCGCAGCCUCGCUGGCAGCAAGGGCAGCAUGGGAAGCGAGGGCAGCAUGGGAAGCGAGGGCAGCAUGGGAAGCGAGGGCAGCGACUUCAGCUUCAGCGACGACCUCAGUUCGUCGUCCUGCAGCUCGUCGCUCAACCUGAGCCGCGCCGACAUGGACGAGCGUCUCCGGCGCGCCCGCACACCGCCACCCAUGGUGGUGGCCGACCGCCUCAACCCCAACAGCGGCGUGUCGGAGGGGAGGAUGGUCCACGGAAGAUCUGACCCAAACCUGUUCAAGAUGGCCCCCACCACCCCCAAGGUGCCCCCCAGGCCCAGGGCGCAGGAGAUCCUGACGCGCUGCACUACCGUCACGCGAAAGAACGCCUCCAAAGCCAAGCUGUCGCCAGCGCCUGCUGUGAUACUGAGCCGCUAAAUUGGAGCAGUGUUGACCCUAAAUGGUGGUGGGUCCAGACCCACUGGUGAGUCAUGGGCAGCCAGUUCCUCCUUAGCCUUUUAAAACCGAGGGUGAAGACUGGGUUGUGGCCAGGACUUGUGGUGUCUUGAUGGGUUCCAGGAAGAAUCUAAAGGCUUUAGCACAGAAAGUCACUGUACUAGAAGCCCAGAAGACAGACUGAGACUUAUGAAGUUACCUGAACAUGAUUACACUGUGACAUGGUUUACAAGUGUUUAACUGCCUUGGGGCUGGUCAUGUAACCAUGAGUUGUGAUAUGRGAGGAAGAAUCAUAUGUUACUGUAAUACUCUGAGUCACAUAUUGAGUCUUUAUAUUUUUAAUGUGGAAGUUUACUUCUUGCUCUGUUCGUCAGGCCUACUUCCAUGCACCUGCAGAUGGAUACUGAUAACUGCAUUGUAGACAUUAUUUUAAAUGCUGUCUGUUAAUUCAGGAUUUAUUUUGUGGAUGAACAAAUAUUAAGGUU